AUGAAAAUAUUCCUGAUUGCUGCCGCUUGCAUUGCCGUGGCCGUUGCUGGCCCCGCGCGUUUCGCUAUACCCGGCAUCGUCGUACCUGAAGUUAUUGAAAACGAGUCUAUCUCCGUUGGACCCGCAAUCGUGGAAGAUGAUUACGAACCCAUCUCUGUUGGACCUGCCAUCGUUCCCUCGCCUGUGAACUCACCUCUAGUCCAGAUCAUCGUUAACGUUAAGUCUGGCUCUGACAAACCCGUGUCCGUCGAUCAUCCCGAAGUUGAUCCUGUUAUUGUGGCUCCUGUAAUCAUUCCUGAGGACACAAUCGAAGAAACCGACCCAGUCAUCGUUGCUCCUGUGAUCAUUCCUGAGGAACCUAUGGCCGAGCCUGAUCCAGUAAUCGUCGCUCCUGUUAUUAUUCCGGAGGAAUCCGCCGCUGAACCUGAGCCCGUCAUAGUCGCUCCUGUGAUCAUCCCCGAGGAAUCCGCCGCUGAACCUGAGCCCAUCAUAGUCGCUCCUGUGAUCAUCCCCGAGGAAUCCGCCGCUGAACCUGAGCCCAUCAUAGUCGCUCCUGUGAUCAUCCCCGAGGAAUCAGAUGUCUAGUCCGAAUCCGUUAAUGUCGCUCCUGUGAUCAUCGAGCCGGAGCCUAUCAUCGUAGCUCCUAUUGUGCCUGUCCCUGUGAUUAUUCCCGAAAUCCUCAACUAAAAUGUUACGUCAUUUGAUUAUUA